AAAGUGCCUUACCACCAGGAGUGGUAAGAUUAGAUGAUUCCUCUUCAAAUGUCUGUUUCUGUCUUGUGUAUCUGGGCUUUCAGCAUUAUCAUGCAGGGCUUUUCCCAACAAGACUCUCCUGGCACUGUCAGGGAUGUUUUGUCCACUUUAGAUUCCAACCAUUUCAUUUGGAAAUCUUGAUUUCAUUUCUUUCUCUCUCUGUGUGGUACACAGUGAAAAGUCCUCCCUCAGGCCCAUUUGACAGUUACUCCCUCAAGUGGUUGCUUAGCAACUUGGUGGAAGGGAGGAUGGAAUCUUCAGCUUGCUUCACUGUCUGCUUCUUUAAAAUAGCAACACUAAAUUUUUAUCAUUGAAUAUGAUUUUUGUUUUGGUUAGUCAACAGUCAUAGCAAAAUUAGCCAUAGGAGUGAAAGAGAAGACUGAAGAUAGCAAACCUCGCUCUUUGUGAAUUAUACACUGGCAGUGGGAACUAUGAGUUGUCUCAUCACUACCACACUGUAUAAUUCACAAAGUUUGAAGAAAGAGGCAGAAGAUGGCUUAACAGUAAGGAAUUGUGUCCCAAGUAAUUCUCUGUGGUGAUGCAAAGGCUCCAGAGGAUGGGAGAGUAUAUAUUUCCUCUGAAUGUUCUGGCCUUGUUCCAUCACAAUGACGUGAUCAAAGAGUGCUCUGUCUCCUUUCAGAAUGUUCCACUCACAUUACUUUUGACCACCACAUUCUUACACAUUUUGCUGAAGGGUUUUCAGCCUAUUCACUGUGGGGCAUUACGGAAAUUCUUCAUUGGUGGGUUGCUUUUGAGUCUCUCAGCUCUGAAGUGGACAUUACUUUGCUCUCUUAUUUCAUAUGCCUAAGAAAUAUGCUAUUUCCAGAGCAGCUGCUUUUGCCGUGGAGAAAAUAAUGGGACCACACACCUGAGCAAAAUGCCCCAGCCUUGAAAACAAUUUCCUAAUACUAACACUACAUCCUUAUCUCUUUCAACCUCUAGUUCAUGUACAAAGAGCUGCAGCCAGAGUGCUAACCGGGGCUGGUUACUGGGACCAUACAACUCCCCUGUUACAACAGCUCCACUGGCUGCCAAUUUGUUUCCAGUCACAAUUGAAAGUGCUGGUUUUGACCUACAAAGCCCUAUACGGCUCAGGUCCAGGCUAUUUGACAGAUCGUAUCUCCCUACAUGAAUCUGUCCGGGAUUUGAUAUCUUCAGGUGAGGCCCUUCUUGUGCUCCCCACACCUUUGCAAGUACAUAUGACGGGGACACAAGAUAGGGCCUUUUCGGUGGCCGCCCCUAGGCUAUGGAACUCCCUUCCAAGUGAGGUGUGAUUAGCUCCCUCCUUGCCAUCUUUCUAGCGACAAGUAAAGACUGUUUUAUUUCAAUGGGCAUUUGGGAUAGAGAACGACCAGGAUUAAGUGUCAUAGGAUUGGUGACUACAUUAUAUGAUCUUAUUAUUUUAAAUUGUCUGCUGUUUUUUACAUAUGUUUUAUGGUUUUAAUUUUUCUCAUAGUUUAAUUCUAUUUUUAAUUGUAUACUUUUGUAUGUUUUAAUGGUGUUGUUUUUUAGUUGUAAGCCGCUCUGAGUCCUAUUGGAAAAAAGGGCGGGGUAGAAAGAAAGUUUAUUAUUAUUAUUAUAUUAAUGUUUGCAUUAAGAUCUGAACUGUUAUUUUGCACCAUUUCUUUCAUCUUGGCCAGGAAGACCCCUUUCAUUUUGCUGUGAGAUAGGAUCUCUUCACAGCACUUGAUGAAGCUUGAUGUAGUUCCCAGAAUGUGUGUCUGUCUGUAUUGGGAAGGCCCAUAAUUCAGUGGCACAGCAAAUGUUCUGAAUGUAGAAGAUCCCAGGUUCAGUUUUUGUCAUCUCUAGUUCACAGGGCCAAACAACAUGAGAAUUGGAGUUCUAUGAUCAUACCUUCUAACUUUUUUUUCUAGUUAAAAGCAGAUGCAGCCCGAGGAGUCUUGAAAAGCAGAGACCUUAAACUACAAAAUGAUGCCUCAUCUUCAUGUCAAUAUGCUACACCAAACACAGACAAUCUAUACUUAACUAAGCAGUAAAAAAGAAACCUAGGCAGAGGGUAGGAAGAAAUAACUGUUACAGCAAAAGGCGAAGAAAGAUCUUCGCAAAGACAGUCCUCGGAAAUAUAGUUACUGAAAAUGAAGCCUCUAUUCUGCAAAUCAGUUGUUAAGUUGCCUGAAGCAUAAUGAAGAAUUGGCUGAUCUGUAUUGUUUCAUUUCUUCUAUGGACAUGUGAUAGAUUCCAAAAUGUGUGCAAAUCUCCUGAAAUUGACUUUGGAGAGACUGUACAGAAUAAAAAAGCUGAAUAUCUGGUAGAGGACAGAUUACUGUACAGGUGCAGCCCUGGGUAUGACUUGGAAGGGUCUAGCUGGAUAACAUGCAAGGAAGACGGUUGGAUGCCUCCUCCAAAGUGUUUGGCACCCUGCAGUAUCACAAAACAGCAGCUGGAUGAGAAAAACCUGCUUUUGCAUAGUGGGCAAAGACAUUCAGAAUUUAUUAAAAAUAGUAAUAUACUGGAAUUCACAUGCAAGAAAGGAUACAUCAUAAUAUCUCCUUCAGUCAGAAAGUGUGUUGAUGGGAACAUGGAUUUGCCAACUUGUAACCCUGCUGUGCCUGACAAAGAGACUUUCCCCACCAAUGCUACAACUUCCAAGAGGCUGCUGCCUCUAGCAUGGAAUCUCUCCACACCAGUCAUAUGCACUGCCCCAGAAGUAGGCAGUGGUAACUUCUUUCCUGUAAAGAGUCAGUACAAAUUUGAGGAUGUGAUCUAUGCUGAGUGUUAUCCAGGAUAUCAGCUGGAAAGCUAUGAUAACUCCUUUAAAUGUACAAAGUAUGGCUGGUUGCCAUAUCCAAAGUGUAUACCAAAGCGGUGUGGCUUUCCCCAUGUAGAGAAUGGAGCACUAUCCUGGUCAGAUACAUACUAUAGUGAUGUCUAUUUUCCAAAAAAAGAGGGACAAACAAUUACUUUCAGAUGCAAUCGUGGCUUUCUGCCAGAAAAUAAAAAGUACUGGUAUAAAAUUAGAUGCACAAAUCUUGGCUGGGAUCCAGAACCAAAAUGCUUUAGACAAUGCUUUCCUCCUAAACGCUUACUACAUGGUGAAGUAAUUCAAGACUCUAAGGAUGCCUUCAUAGAAGGUGAUAAAAUUGCAUUUCAUUGUGAUGCAGGAUAUUAUCCUAAAUAUCAUCGAACAUCCACGUGUACAAAAAAUGACUGGUUACCUACUCUAAAUUGUCCCUCCGCACGUAAGCUUCACUUAUGUCCUGUUAUCUGAGAACUCUGGGAUUAUGGAUAUAGCCUAUCCAAUUCUGUCUUAAAGAAGACAUAUUGACCCCAUUCUCUUACUGCUGUGGUAGUAUUGUCCCAGCAAAUUGCUUUAGUAAGGUUGUUGGGGGACAGUUAAGGAGAAAUGUAAUAGAACUGCAUGGCUGUAGGCAGACUUAGUUUACAACAUGGUCGUGCUUUAUUUGUAGUGGCAUAAGUCUUUUGCAUGUUCUUUUCUAACACAGUUUUUGUCAACAUUUUCUUGGUUGUCUCAACCCCUCUUUCCAUUCAUGCAUGUGUAUUCAUUUUGGGCUCCUGGGCUCCUACUGGGAGGAAGGGUGGGAUAUAAAUCUAAUAAAAUAAAUAAAUAGAUUUGCAUUGGAACCAAAGUAGGAAAUUACAUUGGUUUUCCUGAUUGGUACCAAAGCAAUCUGAUAAGGGAACAGGAAGUUCAGUUUAGAUUGGUGAGGCCAACAGCUCCAUCCUAUGGUCUAGAACAGUGGUUCCCAACCUGGGGGCGGGGACCCCCGGGGGGGGCACGAAGUAAUCCAGAGGGGGCCAUGAACAGUAAAGAAAUGAAUUAUUUAAUAUUUUUUUUAAAAAAGUCUUCACUCCCUCUACACUGUCUGCUUUCCACUGCCGCUGCAGAUGACACCUCCCCCUUGCUCCAAACGAGAGGGGAGGCCUUUUGCUGAAGCGCCAGAGCGUCUUUCAGGAGCACUAAGGGCAAGCAUCUGUCUAUAAAAUACAUGGCAGAUGCCAAAGGAGGCUGAGGGUGGAGCUACCAGGAAGAAGAGGGGAUUACUAUCACUGAUUCCCAUCUCCUUGCACUGCCGUUACUGGUAACUCCCUUGCUUAGAAUGAGAGGAGAGGGCUUUUUGUGAAGCAAAAAGAAGCAAGCCUGCAAAGAAAGGCUGCUUUCCCCCUUCAUUCCUGGCAGCCAGCCUGCCUCCCUGGGGGGAGGGGGUCACAUUUUUUUUCAGUUUAUAAAGGGGGUCCCGUGCUCAUAAAGGUUGGGAACCACUGGUCUAGAUCAGAUGGAUGCCACUGAUCAGUCUGUAUAUCAACAAGUAACAUUUAAUAAAAGUGGAAACUCAAGUGUUCUUUGAAGUUUGGCAGGAUCCUCACCUACCCCAAUGGCUAACUAUUUAGGAGCCCUGAAUAAGUUAUGGAUUUUUUUUCUUCUGGGUGGGAACAGAAGGAUGAUUUAUUUAUUGCCUAAAAUGAUUAAAACUCUUAUAAAAGUUUCAUAACAAUAGGUGGCUGCUACUGCACUGCUCCCUUAGGAGAAAAUUAAAGCUUGUUAAAAGGCCAAGUUAAACAACUUUCUGAAUAUCAGCAGAGGGGGAGAUCACCUUGGACACUAGGCUAGGUGGAGGCAGUGUUUGGGGUUCAAAAGAUUGCUGGGAGAGUAAAGCUGAUAAUAGGAGAUGGAUGGAGAUCUGGGAGAGAAGAUGCCAGCAAUUGUCCUUUUUCUCAGGCAUACCUGGAGAUGCAAGAGACCUUUUGCAUAGAAGCAGGUGUCUAACACUGAGCAGCAGUCCUUUCUAAUCCUUAUGACUGUGAAAAUAUGCACAAUCAGUUGGGUGGAAUUUUUUUUGGAGGAACUGAGGUUGCCCACUGGCUUUUUUCUUUUUUCUUCUUUUUAUACUUCUACAAAUAUUGAAGUUUCUACUAUGCUGAUACCACCCUCUCAUUUCUAAAUGGCCUUGUUUUAGCUCCGUUUCUCUUCACACUCAACACUGGAAUUCACAAUUAGUGGGCAUAAUAUCCAAGUUCACUGUUCAGUGGAGCAGAAAUAUUCUCUUUGAGUCCCAAGUAUCAACAUGUCCAUUCUUCAGUCACAAUGCCUCUUGUAGAUAGUCUCCUUAAAAAACUGUGAACUAGUAAACAGACAAUAAUGCCAAUAAUGCCAUAAAUGUACUGUAGAACUGAACUCACACAAUCUGUUCCCUUCUCUCCCUCUUACAAUGGCCAAGAGGCUGGGAAGCAAGGGUGACAGCAUGCUUUUCCUUGCUGUUUCUCUUAGCAUUGUUGCCAUAUGUCAGUGGUUAGAAGUUCUUUCUUUAGAGACUGAAGGUAGAAGCCCAUUGGAGAAGGGUUUGAAUAUACUUUCAACUCUGACACACUAGUGCAGUAAGGUUAAGGCAAUCCAUAAUUCAUAGAUACUGGCAUCCACUGCAUGGACAUAACAGUUUGCAGUGGAAAUGUCCAAGGGGAUGAUGCAUUUCUUGUAUUAUUGACCUCUCCUGCAUUUGCAUUAUUUGUGUUUCCCUUCACUUCGUUUGAAAUGUGUUUGUUUUUUUGUUCCCUGUUUUCAGGUGUCCUGAAUUAUCAACUAUCGAAUGAUCUUGUUAUUUCUAACAGUUUUACAGCAUUAGUUAUCUCUAUAGUACAGGACACUGUGGAAAAGGAAUGAUGAUACUCAGAGGUCCCUAAAAUAUCAGAAACAUUGGGAGAGGUAGAAGAGAAGCGUGUGCAAAACAUUUUCCUGAGCACUUAGAUUAAAUGUUCUAUUUUAUAGCUGAAGCUGUUAACUCUCAGUAGAAAUUUCCAGAGGGUAGAUAAUAUAGGCUUGGUGUGAGGAAUGUUCCUACUAAUCUGAAUAUGUGGAAAUUGCUGUGUACAAAUGCCAUGCAAAAUAUCCAAGGGUAUAUCCCUUGAGAGAACAAUGAGUGUAGCCCAAAUGCUUUCAAGGCUGAUGGCUUUGAUUUGACUUGCUAGCACAAGAGAUAAUGAGCAAUCAAAACUAGGACUCAGAAAUAACUAACUUGGUGCCCUUCAGAUCCUAAUCCUCAUCAGCCCCAGGCAGCAUAGCCAAUAGUCAGGGAUGAUAGGAGUUGUAGUCCAGGAUCAUCUGGAUAGCAUUGUGUUGAUUACCUCCACUCUAGUAACUGUACAGUGAAUGUUCUCAUUCCAUUCCUAUCAACAAGCCUCACAUCACAACACUUUCAGCACUACACAGUUAUAGUAUAUAGAGCAUAACAUUUUUUUUCUUUCCCCACAACAUUCCAGCUGCAUCUUGAUAGGAGAGAAGACUUUGAUAAACCUCACCAGCACCUGAAGAUUAAACAAUGUAUAUAUGUUCUUAUCUAUUAUAUUUUUUUAAAAAAUAAAGUUUUAUUGAAAUGCAUACAUAAAGAGAAAAAACUAUACAAAUAAAUUGCUCUAUCAUGUCUGUUACUUUCAUAUUUAAUUACAAAGAGGAAAAAUAUCUUCACUACGAAGUCCAUAAAUGUGCAUACUCUGGAGAAGGUGCCCUUCCUAUAUCUCUUCUAUUGGUAUCAUCAAUAAAGUCUCACCAAGUUCUAACAAAAAUAUCUUGUCUACCUUGGCCCUUUUUCAUUUUGUU